GUGAGCCGAGUACACACUGGGACUACUUCUUCUCAACCACCCCUACUCGGCGGAUGGACACCUGCCAUCGCUGUGCUUAGUGCGGCCUCUCUCGUUCUCUGUCGGUUGGAUUGUCUCGCUCCGCCUCCUUGACGGGCAACUCACCCGGUAUAGAGCCGGGGUAGGUGCCAGUUGAUCUACCCCGGUUAGUUUCGCCGGCGCCGACAUGGAGUUUGUACCUCCACCGGAGUGUCCGGUAUUCGAGCCCAGCCGGGAGGAAUUUGCUGACCCGUUUGCGUUUAUUAACAAGAUCCGACCUAUCGCGGAGCGCACUGGGAUCUGCAAAGUCCGACCGCCGCCGGACUGGCAACCUCCAUUUGCUUGUGAUGUGGACAAACUGCACUUCACGCCACGUAUCCAAAGACUUAAUGAACUUGAGGCUCAAACCAGGGUGAAGUUGAACUUCUUGGACCAGAUAGCCAAGUUUUGGGAAUUACAGGGAUGCACUCUGAAAAUACCUCAUGUUGAAAGAAAGAUACUGGACUUGUUUCAGCUAAACAAGCUGGUAACUGAUGAAGGUGGUUUUGAUACAGUCUGCAGGGAUAGGAAGUGGACAAAGAUAGCUACAAAAAUGGGAUUCUCUACAGGAAAAGCCAUCGGGUCUCACAUUAGAGGCCAUUAUGAACGCGUUCUUUACCCUUACACCUUGUUUCAGUCUGGAGCAAGUGUGCUGUGCAUUGAUAAGCCAAAUCUUGUCCAAGAUUUAAAGGACAAGGAGUACAAACCUCAUGAUAUCCCUCAAAGACAGUCUGUCCAGCCUUCAGAAAACUGUGCUCCUGCUAGAAGAGCUAAACGUAUGAGAGCCGAGGCUGUACAGGUUAAAACGGAACCAGAAGAGACACCAGAAUUCAGACCCCGAACUUUGCGCCGCAGGAUGGGAUCUACACCUUCCGUCUGUGAUGACGAUGAAAAUGUGCAUGUGAAACGAGAGCCAGUGGAAAUAGUUAUAGAGAAGCCAAAAUUAAAAUCCAGAAAAGGCAGAAGCCCAGUGGAUUUAUAUGUAUGUUUUAUAUGUGGGAGUGGAAGUGAUGAGGACCGUUUACUCCUAUGUGAUGGUUGUGAUGACAGUUACCACACCUUUUGUCUUAUUCCUCCACUUCAUGAUGUGCCCAAAGGUGACUGGAGAUGCCCAAAAUGUCUGGCACAGGAAUGUAGUAAGCCACAAGAAGCAUUUGGUUUUGAACAAGCUGCCCGAGAUUAUACACUACGUAUGUUUGGAGAGAUGGCUGAUCAUUUCAAAUCUGACUAUUUUAACAUGCCUGUUCAUAUGGUACCCACAGAGUUGGUGGAAAAGGAAUUUUGGCGACUAGUAAGCACCAUAGAGGAGGAUGUAACUGUUGAAUAUGGAGCCGAUAUUGCAUCCAAGGAAUUUGGAAGUGGAUUUCCUGUGCGGAAUGGCAAAUUUCGCGUAAAGCCGGAAGAUGAGGAGUACCUGGAUUGUGGCUGGAAUCUAAAUAAUAUGCCAAUCAUGGACCCUUCUGUGCUAACCCAUAUAACAGCUGACAUAUGUGGAAUGAAGUUGCCAUGGCUUUACGUGGGCAUGUGUUUUUCCUCCUUUUGUUGGCACAUUGAAGACCACUGGAGUUAUUCUAUCAAUUACCUGCACUGGGGUGAGCCAAAGACCUGGUAUGGAGCUCCUGGAUAUGCUGCAGAGCAGCUGGAGGAAGUAAUGAAGAAGCUAGCUCCAGAACUGUUUGUUGCUCAGCCUGACCUCCUCCAUCAGUUGGUCACGAUUAUGAAUCCCAAUACAUUGAUGGCUCAUGGUGUGCCGAUAUAUCGGACUAAUCAGUGUGCUGGAGAAUUUGUUAUAACUUUUCCGCGUGCGUAUCACAGCGGCUUUAACCAGGGCUUCAACUUUGCAGAGGCUGUGAAUUUCUGCACAGUGGACUGGCUGCCUCUUGGUCGUCAGUGUGUGGAACAUUAUCGGCACCUUAACAGAUACUGUGUCUUUUCACAUGAUGAGAUGAUAUGCAAGAUGGCUUCUAAAGCUGAAGUACUCGAUGUUGUGCUUGCAUCCUCUGUACAGAAGGAUUUAGCCUAUAUGAUUGAAGAGGAGAAGACCCUUCGUGAGUCUGUCCGUAAAAUGGGUGUUGUUAAAUCUGAAAAGAUUGAUCUGGAGUUACUAGCAGAUGAUGAACGGCAGUGUGUGAAGUGUAAGACAACCUGCUUUACAUCUGCAGUGUAUUGUCCUUGCAGUCCUAGCAAUCUUGUGUGUCUGCACCAUAUUGAUGCUCUCUGCUCUUGUCCAACCCACAAGUAUGUUUUAGGGUAUCGCUACAGCCUUGAUGAUUUGUAUCCCAUGAUGAAUGCUGUGAAGUUGCGAGCAGAAUCCUAUGAUGCUUGGGCUUCUGAGGUUGUUGAUGCUCUUAAAUCAACAACCAAUAAAAGAAGUCUCCCUAGUCUGCGAGUGCUUGUGGAAGAAUCUGAAUCUAGGAAAUUUCCUGAUAAUGACCUUUUGCGACACUUGCGUGCCGUGGUGCAAGAUGCUGAUAAGUGCGGAACUCUUGCACAGCUACUUCUGAAUGGAAAACGCCAUACCAGAUUUCGGUCAGGAGGUGGGAAGUCUCAGAAUCAGCUAACUAUUGCUGAGCUCAGGUCUUUUGUGAAACAGCUGCAUUCUCUCCCAUGUUAUGUCAACCAGACACCUCAGCUCAAGGAUCUCUUAAGCCGCGUGGAGGAAUUCCAAACGCGCAGUCAGAAGCUUUUAGCAGCAGAUAUGCCCAGAGCAAGUGAUUUGCAGCAGCUUCUUGAUUCCAGCUUUGAGUUUGACUUGGAAUUACCCUUAAAAAGUUUGCGAGAGCGCUUGGAACAGGCCCGCUGGUUGGAGGAACAACAGCAAGCCUGCCAGGAUCCUGGGACAUUAACACUGGAUGUUAUGAGGAGACUUAUAGAUUUGGGUGUGGGCCUUGCUCCUCAUCCUACUGUGGAAAAAGCAAUGGCUAAGCUUCAGGAGCUCCUAACUAUGUCAGAACAUUUGGAUGACCGGUGCAAAAGUCUGCUCAAAGCAAGGCCCCGGCAUAUUCUUAGCGCUUUGACAACUGUCUUGCGGGAAGCAGAGAGUGUCCCUGUUUACCUUCCAAGUGUGGAGUCUUUAAGGGAUGCUGUUGAGAGGGCCCGAGAAUGGCUACAGAAGGUGGAGAACUUGCAGGCUGGGCCUAGAGUUCCUGUUUUGGACAGUUUGGCUGAUCUUGUGAGUCAGGGCAGAGCAAUUCCUGUCCAUCUUGGACCUUUGCCAAGACUUGAAGCCCUUGUGGGUGAAGUCCAUUCCUGGACAGAGUGUGCCACCAGCACAUUUUUAACAUCUAGCUCUCCUUACACUUUGUUAGAGGUUCUCUGUCCUCGGUGUGAUGUUGGCUCUCCUGGUCUGAAAAGAAAAAUGAGAAGGAUAAAGGAGCAGACCGCUUCAGGGGGGAAGAAAAAAUACCCAAAGCCAGAUGGCCUGCUGGAGCUUGAGAAAGCACUGAAUGAAAGCAAAGACACUGCUACUGCUAUGGCAACUCUGGGUCAAGCACGACUGCGUGAAAUGGAGUCUUUACAUACUGUACGCAUCUCUAAUGAGAACAGAAUCUUGUCAAGGGAAGAGCAGAAUGACUGGAAAGUGUGCAUAUGUCAAGGAGCUCCAAUGGCUCCAAUGAUCCAAUGUGAGUUGUGCCGAGCCUGCUUCCACUCUAGCUGCAUUACUGCCCCAAAGCAUGGAUCCCAAGUCUGGCUGUGUCCACAAUGUCACCGCUCAAAGAAACCACCUCUGGAAAAGAUUCUCCCUCUAUUGGCAUCACUACAGCGUUUACGUGUUAGACUACCAGAGGGGGAUGCUCUCCGCUAUCUUAUUGAGAGGACAGUGAACUGGCAGCAUCGGGCACAACAUAUGUUGUCUUCGGUAGAAAUAAAACUGGCACAGGAAAGAAUCGGCUCAAGUCAGUUCUACAACAGAUGGCAAUCCACUGCUGGGCAGCUGACAGAGACUUCUAAUGUAUCACAGAGUGUUGGGGCCACAUCUUUCUCUUUGCCCCAUGAGUGGGACAACAGGACGGCAUACAUCACCUCUCCAUUUUCUCCUGGGCGUAAUUGUAUUCCUCUAAACAGUCUGAAUGGUGAACUAGAUGAGUUGCUGAUGGAAGCUCAGCUUUUACAAGUCUCACUUCCUGAAGUACAAGAAUUGUAUCAAGCGCUUAUGACCCAGCCAAGCACAACAGACCCAGAGAGCAACUUAACUCUCUCCGGGAAAGACCGGGGGCCCUGCAUGACAAAGAAGGAGAGGUCGGACAGCACAGAGAAAAGGUUGAAGAGGCGUCAUGAGGCUACAGAGAGGAGGAUGAGGAAGACACCAGCUCCUAGGAAAAAGAGGGUGAAAACUCUGCAGUCCAAAGGCUUAUGUAGUAGAGAGCAACGUCUUGAUAGAGACAGUGACUCGCAAUGUUCUUUCACAUCUGAAUCGGAGGAUGAAAAUGCAAUUUGUCCGGCAGAUCAUUGCAUAGAACCUGAAGGAGAUGAGGUUGACUGGGUGCAAUGUGAUGGAAGCUGUAAUCGCUGGUUUCAUCAAGUUUGUGUUGGUCUUUCUGCUGAAACUGCUGAGAAGGAGGAUUACAUGUGUGCUCACUGCAUUGACGAGAUUGCCGCUGCACACAAAUAAAGUUCUCCCCUCAGAGUUGACUGUACUGCUCCCAGGACUUAAGGAUUUUUUUUUCUCUAGACACACGCCCGGUUUCCUUUUCAAAUCCGGCCCAUAAUGGUGCUUUUCAGACCCUGAAAAACAAUUUCUCACUCCUCCAAGAAAAUUGGGACUUAAUGGAAAUACAAAUCGUUUUGUAUAUUUUACUUAACUUUACAACUGUUACACGUUUCAGAUGUGCUGGUUCUCCAGCGAAAUGAGUUGUUUUAGAUUGUUUUGCUGUUCAAAGAUGAACUUUCAUACCUCGCUGUAUGGAUCCUUGGUCAGUGCAGUACAUUAGGAGGAGGCUGAAUGAAAUUUUAACUUGUGGUAAGGUACCAAGACUUUGAGGUUUCAUUUCCAUUUAAAAGACAAAAACAGAAACUAGGUGCUGUUUAUGUAGGACAUUUUUCCUGAGCAAUAACUUUUUUUUUCCCCCCUCCCUGUCAUUAAUUCCAAAAUCUGAAAUUGAGAUACUGAACCAGUUGCUCCGAUUUGAGGCCACUGCAAUGAAGUGGGUCUUUGUACAGAAUGUUGGGUUAGUAGGUGCUUAGGGCAGCCAGCGUGUUAGACAUAGCAAACUGAGCUCUGAAAGUUUCCUUAAAAUCCCGUUAAUUAUUAUUAUUUCUUGUUUGUUUUGGCUUUUCUUGUAGCUUGUAUCAAAUUUUGCAGUUUAUAUUGUGGAAUAAAAAUCCUUGGUUACAACAAAA